UGUACGAUGAUCUGGCUCGAGAAACAGAACAAAUCGACGGUCAAGAUUGGAUGGUUGGUCCAACUACGGUGGUUCUCUGUUCCGUAUUUCCUCACCUCCUCUCCUCCCCCCUCCACUUCCAGAUCCGAUCCACGCCGGCGAUCGCCUGAGCACCGCCAUGGCGCUCAGCCUCCGCCAGAAGCAGCUCGAUGUGAUCGUGCGGAUGCUGCACCUGUACCAGCAGCAGCAGCAGCAGAACACGCCAGGCGGCGGCGGGGGCCAGGAUGAGGAUGAGGCGUACAAGAUCCUGGUGAUGGACGCCCCCUGCGUCUCCCUCCUCUCCCCCGUGCUUCGCGUCGGCGACCUCCGCCGGCACGGCGUGACUCUCACCCUCAGCAUCGACCGCGCGCGGCAGGCCGUCCCGGACGCGCCCGCGGUCUAUCUCGUCCGCCCCACGCCCUCCAACGCUGACCGCAUCGCGGCCGACGCCGCCGCGGGGCUCUACGCGUCGUUCCACAUCAACUUCUCCACCUCCGUCCCGCGGCCCGUGCUCGAGCGCCUCGCCGCCGCCUGCGCCGCGUCGCCAGGGUCCGCGCACCGCGUGGCGCGCGUCGCCGACCAAUACCUCGACUUCGUCUGCCUCGAGGAGGGGCUCUUCUCCCUCGCCCAGCCGCGCGCGUACAUCGCGCUCAACGACCCUGCCGCCGCUGACGCCGACAUCGCCGCGCUCGUCGACGCCGUCGCGCUCGGGCUCUUCUGCAUCGCCGCCACGCUCGGCGCGGUGCCCGUCAUCAGGUGCGCGCGGGGUGGACCUGCGGAGAUGGUCGCCGCUGCACUCGACGCCCGCCUCCGCGAUCACCUCCUCGCCAAACCCAACCUCUUCACGGAAGCUGCAUCUGCCGCCGUCGCAUCUUUCCAGCGCCCUGUGCUGUGCCUGUUCGACAGGAAUUUCGAGCUGUCGGUUGGGGUGCAGCACGACUGGAGCUACCGCCCAUUGGUCCACGAUGUGCUCGGCUUGAAGCUGAACAAGCUGAAGUUGCCGGCGGAGAAGUACGAUUUAGAUGACUCUGACAAAUUCUGGGUGGCAAACAGCUGGUCUCAAUUCCCCAAAGUUGCGGAGGAAAUCGAGGCGCAGCUUGCCAAGUACAAACAGGAUGUGGACGAGGUGAACCAGCGCACUGGUGGUGGCAAGGUUGGGGUUGAGUUCGAUGGAACUGAUCUGAUUGGCAACACCAAGCAUCUCAUGAAUGCGGUGAAUUCGCUCCCAGAGCUGACAGAACGGAAGAAGAUGAUUGAUAAGCACACAAAUAUUGCGACAGCGUUGCUUGGGCAUAUCAAGGAGAGGUCUCUGGAUGGAUACUGUGACUGUGAGAAUGAUAUGCUCGUGAAUGGCACCGUGGACCGGAAUACGCUGCUGAGCCUCCUUAGAGGUAAGGGUACCAAGGAAGAUAAGCUCCGGCUAGCUGUGACCUACCUGCUGUCCUUUGAGACGCCACCGUCAUCUGAACUGGAGCAGGUUGAGGCUGUGCUGCGUGAGUCGGAAGUCGACAUGUCUGCAUUUCAGUAUGUGAAGAGGAUAAAAGCAUUAAAUACCCAAUUUUCUACUGCUUCGGGCACAGCAACCAAGAGCAACAUUGUCGAUUGGGCGGAGAAGCUUUACGGGCAGUCCCUUAGCGCUGUGACUGCAGGUGUGAAGAAUCUCUUAUCAGAUGGGAGGCAGCUGGCCUUGACCAGGACAGUUGAAGCUCUCAUGGAAGGGAAACCAAACCCAGAGGUCGAUGACUACCUGUUGUUUGACCCACGGGUCCCUAGGUCAGGAACUGGUGGCCAGUUUAAAGGGCCAUUCAGAGAAGCUAUUGUUUUCAUGAUUGGUGGAGGAAAUUACAUCGAGUACAGGAGCUUGAUGGAACUAGAACAACGCUCACAGCCUUCCAAGCAUGUUAUAUAUGGUGCAACUGAAAUUCUUAGUGGGGCGGAGUUUAUUCACCAACUUGCGGAAUUGGGGCAGAAAGCAGGAUUGGGUGGUGGCAGCAGCAACGCACCACCUGGUCCAGCACAGUAGCUAGAAGCUUUUACCAGACCUUUUGAUGUUAACGAGUGAUUCAAGCUUCAGAGAUUACAGUAAAUAAGUUCAUACCCGCAAAUUUUUAUUUUAAGGAGUGGUCCAGGCUGCAUAGAUUAGUGGUAUCGUAUUUCCUAAACUCAGGUUUAUGCCCCUGUAUUGAAUGAGUUUUCGAUACAUAGCUUUGUUAUUGCAAUUUGGGAAUCUGGUAUGAUCGAUAUUCCAUGUAUGCCCAUUUCAAUUUGCUGUAUUUUACUUCCUCUUGCAUCCAUUUAGUUUCUGAGAAAUUGUUGGAAUCUUGUUUGCACACUCCCAGAAAUCAGAUUCAUGAAAUGAAUAUUUAUAAUAGAACACCAGUUCUGAUGUUUGCAUAAA